UCGGGCCCCUUAUUUCAUUUAUACCGUCUCAGGGACAAUAGAACACUUUUUUUAUUGAACAGUUACUUUCAGUUCAGUUAAAAGAUAAUUAGCUGCAAGAUGCGGAUCGUUGUUAGAUGCGUAGUCGCAUUAGCAUUAUUUAGUUUUUCAGAAGAAACUGAAGAAAAUUGUACGGAUUUUAAAGGCAAUACAAUCGAACAUGGUACCCUAUAUGUACCAGGGCCCGCUGUAUGUUCCAUGUGCGUGUGUUAUCACAGUGAACCCAAAUGGUGUAGUGAUAUUUAUUGUGACACUCCCUAUUUUUGCAAUAAAUUUAGAGUUAAAGAGAGGUGCUGUGAUGUCGAAUGCCUGGACCCACCUGGAGAUUUAGCAGCUAAAAUGUUGCAAGAGCAUAGAAGGCGCAAGUGGCGAAGUUCUGCCGGCCAUCAGAAAUUUGUCAGUAGCACUUUGUUCCUGGUUUUAGUUGUUUUAAGAGCAUUGUUGUAAUAGUGGGAUAUUUUUUCCUUAAAGGAAAAUUACUUAGUGAAACAGCAAUUUUCUAUGAAACUAUUAGUUUAUUCGUUGAAUUGGAUAACAUGAAACUGCAUUAUCUUCUUUCAAAAUAUAUAACAACGCUAGGGAAUUCAAAACAGGCUACCUCUGCAGAUAUUAUGUUAGGUCUUGUAUAGUAAUAGUUAUAUUUACUUAAAUUAAAUGGUUAUAAAACUUGUGAAAUUGCAGAAAACUCUAACAAUUUGGACCUCUGAAAUAUAUACCUAAUGCUUUAGGGUGCACCAUCCACUAUAUCACACCAGUAUAUGUCCACUGAUUAACAUUAUUAGUCAGCUUUUACUCUA